UGUUAACCUGAUUUCUUUUAGUUGAAGUUGUGAAGUCUUAACUUCUUAGUUCAAGAGAAUAUUUUUUUCAACUUGUUUUCCAAUUCACAAUUAUGGACUUAAAUUCUUCUUCAUGUUGUUAUUAAUUGUUCUCAAUUAAGAAAUCAAAUGAUUGUGUGUCUCUGUGAUUUUACUAAGAGAAUUUAAUUAACACUGGUUGAUUUGUUAUUCCAUUACCAGAGAGAGAAUAAACAAAAACAAGCCAAAUAACAAUGGCCACUGCCAAAGGAUUACUUAAUAUGCCAGGUCAAAAUAAUUGUUUUCUCAAUAGUGCUGUUCAGGUUCUUUGGCAUUUGGAUAUUUUCCGUCGCUCUUUCCGUGAAUUAUCAGGUCAUGCUUGCAUGGGCUCUGAAUCGUGUAUAUUUUGUGCCUUAAAAGAGCUAUUCACUCAAUUCCAAUAUAGUCAAGAAUCUGCACUUCCACCCGAUUCCCUGCGAAAAGCAUUGGCUGAAACUUUCUCUGACCAGCGACGUUUCCAAUUGGGCUUCAUGGAUGAUGCAGCUGAAUGUUUUGAGAAUAUAUUACUCAGAAUUCAUGAUCAUAUUGCUCACGAUGAACCGGAAGAUAGUUGUAAAGCGCCACACUGUAUAUCUCAUGAAAAGUUUGCCAUGAACCUGAUUGAACAGUUAUCCUGUUCAUCUUGUGGUUAUACUAGUGAACCUCAUCCAUUCACCCAAUUGGUUAAUUAUGUUUCAAGUCCUGCUCUUUGUGUUCAAGCAAAGAAACUGGCCUCUUGUCCGCCUCCAAUUAACCCAAGAGCCGCAUCUUUUGGCUCAUUAUUAAGAUCGGGUGAGGCUUAUGGAAAUGUCCGUGACUGUCCCAGUGGCUGUGGAUCUAAAAUUCAAAUAAGAAGAACAUUAGUUAAUCAACCAGAUAUUGUUUCCAUAGGAUUGGCUUGGGAUUCUGAGAGACCUUCCCUUAAUCAGAUAACUCAAAUUUUCUCAAUCAUCGAGACUCAACUUAAUCUGGAAGAUGUUUUUGAUGGCUUCGGGCCAAUUAACAAGUCUAGAUCGUCAGUAUCAUCAACCGGUCUUAAUGGUGGUUGUUUACAACAAGUAGCAUCUUCACCGGCAACAAUAUCAUCCUCAUCAUCGGUUCUGGAACUGGUUGGACUUGUAACUUAUUAUGGUAAACAUUAUUCAACAUUUUUCUAUCACACCAGCCUUUCCUGUUGGAUAUAUUUUGACGAUGCCGCAGUCCGUGAGAUUGGACCUCAUUGGGAUCAGGUUGUUGAUAAAUGUAUUAAAGGUCACUUUCAACCUUUACUCCUUCUCUAUGCUAACCCUACGGGUACUGCAAUUAAUGCUUCAACUGCACCACAAUCGAUAAUUAGAGUCUCCAAUCAUCCUAAUGGUUCAAGUGAUAGAAAAUCAUUGAUUAACCGUGUAAAUGGUUUCCAUUCUCAUCUUCUUCAUCCGCAUCAUCUAAGAUCAGGUCAAAUAUCGGCUCAACAAAGACUGAUCAAUAUGAUACCUUCUCUAUCAUCAACUUACAGUAACAAUAAUACAAAUCCAUCGACAACUUAUCUUGCAUCGGCGACGGUUUCAAAUGGUUCCAAUAGUACCAAUAAUAUGCCACCACCUCCAUCGAGGCCUAAUCGGCCGUUGUCCUUGCUUUCGCUGCCAAAUCAUUAUCCUCAACAGCAACAACAGUCACUCCGUUCGAGUGGUUCAUCAUCUUCCCUCAAUUCGUAUCAACAUCAACGGGCUCUUGGAGGGUCAAAUAUUUAUGGAACCAUGAGAUUACCGCCAAAACGAACUGUAAACACUAAUCAGCAUCAAAUCACCGCUAGACCUGGUUCAAUGGACGAUCUACUCAAUCAAUAUGGAUCAGCUUCCGAUGAUGUACCAGAUUCACCGUUGACCCGAUCAUCAGUUUCUUCAACCUACUUUUCCGAUGCUGGUGAUACUGAUUCCGGUUACAUCUCAAGGAAAACAGUUGAAAAUAUAUUAUCCAUGCAGCAUAAACAAUCAGCCCAAAAUCAACAACAACCUGUUAUUGAUCAACUUUAUACUUCUUGUAAAGGUCAACAGCGUAACUCUGUUAGUUCAAUUGAUUCCUAUUCGACUGAACUUAAUUUACCUAAACGCUCAUAUGAAGAUAAAUUUAUGCUCACAGCGAAAGCAUGUUCACUUCAACGACGAGAUUCGGGUAACUCAUCGAAUGGUUCGGGAGAUCGUAUGUCCGCUUCAUCCAUCUCAUCGAUAACCUCAAGAGAGGAAAAUCCUUACUUGCUCAAUCAUUAUGGUCGAUCAUCAUUCUCAUCGAAAAUCUCAUCAUCUUCAUCAUCUAAUGGACGUUUCCUUCAACCUGUCCCACCUUCACAAUCAUCUUCAUCUUCAACAUCAUCAACUUCAUCCUCAUCGGGUGAUCAUUCUCGAUUCUCUAAAAAAUCAACCACCUCAACAAUUGAUCAAGGUUAUGAUUCAUUUUCCCUGUCGUCUAGUGAUUCUUAUCCAUCAAUGGGACAAACAACACCAACCAAACAAUCAGCUGGUUACUUUUCAGGAAACUCACGAUUAACCCAAAUUCCAGAAGAUGUUCAACUCAUGGGUCUCAUGGCUAAUGGAGGAUCAGCACUUCAAGAUUGUGAUCAACUUUGUAGUCAAUCUGAUGUUCUCAUGAUGAAAUCCGUUGAAAAGGAGAGAGAAGGUGAUCUUAUAACUGCAGCCGCUCUAAGUGAUUCGGCUGCUCACAAGGCCCGAUUCGCAAUGGCGGCACCUUACAGUAAUCCUCAAAUGCUUGUUUCCGCCAAAAUGAAGCACAGUAUUUGUGUCAUGAGAUCGGCUAAUCUUCAUAAAAGAAUCAAAGAGAAAGAAGCAGAGGAAAAACGUCGAGUUAAAAUGGAAUCAAUUGGCGGGGAAACUUCAGGUCAUUCUCGUCAAGGAAGCCGAGAUUCUUUACACAGUCGUCAUAGUCGACAAAAUUCAAGAGAUGGUUCAAUCAAGGAGAUUAAACGAGAAAAUAAGGAAAAUACUAGAAAAUCAUUACUCCUAAACAGCACUUCUAAUUGUAACAAUAAUCAAAGUAACACCAUCACGAUUCCCAAUAAAAACAAUCAAAGUAAUUUAAUCAAUGGUGCCAAUAGUUACAACGAUGGUGCUAUUUAUGCCAAUAGUUCAGUGAUCGCAAGUAAUAAUGUAUCUACAGGUAAUUUCCCAGGUAAUAGGAAGACGAUUCAAUUAUAUGCCACUUUACCAAAGAAAUCCUGUAAAAAGAAAUUAACUUUAACCAACAAUCCAAUAGCAAUUGAUAGUGAGCAACAACAAUCAUCAAAUCAACAAUUAUCCUCGACUAAUGUGCCUCCAAAUUUGCCAGAAAAACCAAUGACCAAUACCAAUAAUUAUCUAUCAUUGAUGAAAAGAUCUGAACAUAAACCACCACCGAGUGACAUCAAGAGUGAUGCCGAAUGUGGAAGUGGCCUAACCUCAAUCGGUUCGAUAAUGAGGAUAACUCGACCUCGAGUUAAAACCAAUACAAAUAAAACUUUAUCUGUUUAUUCAAUUAAAGAUUCUGAUCUUAGUGAUAAUUAUUAUAGUGAAUGGGAAGCAGUUAAAAGUACCAACGGAAAUAAGGAACCAUUGAAACGUAGUCUAUCAGGAUCAACAUCAACCACCACAACAACAACCCAAUCAACACCAACUAAAUCACCAACAGUAUCAUCAUCAUUAUUUUCAUCUUCAGCUUCAAUUAAAUCAGUUGACACUGAUAUCUAUUCUGAAACAAGUAUCGGUGAUUUAACUUCCGAAUCAUCAAACAAUAAGAAACAUAAAAUCCGAAGGAAACUUUUAAUCGGUAGUUUUAUGAAACGAAAGAAUCGAAGUCUUCCCGAUCUAAGGGAAAACCCUAAAUCUGAUUCUUCUGAUCGACCUUCCGAAAUUGAUUCAACCAAAAAUUCAACGCUCAACACUGGUGAUGAUUCUUGUACAAUUAACAACAAUCAACCACCUCCACCAAUGGUUGCCAAAAUUAGCAAGAAAGGUUUCCACCAAGGAAUGGGAAUCUAUCAACGUCCAUCAUUAUUGAAAGUUAAACCACCAUUAUUGGAAACAUCUAAAUUAGAAGUAGCAAACAAUCAAAUUAAAUCACCAAUAGGUAAUCAGCAGAAAGUGUCAACCGGAGGAAAUCAAUUAACAUCAAAUAUUAAUCAGAUUCAAAAACAUUUGAUACCCAGACCACCAACUCCACCUCGCCCUAAAUGCUCAGAGGAAAUGUCAUCAAUGGGCUUGACAACAAUUAAACCUUCUAAUAACACUAAUUGCCCAAUUACCAAGCCUUCACCACUACGACCGGUGUUGAUCAAAACAGUUCCAAUCCCAUCAUCAACCUCACCUUUACCUCCACCUCCUCCCGUAGAUGAAGUUGAUUGUUGUCUAAUUAAACCAGGAUCACCUUCAACUGGAAUUGAGCCUAAUGAUGAGCUUCCACCGCCACCAGAAAGUUUCCUUCAAGAGUUACGAGAAAAACGAAAUGAAAUGUCCAGUGAAUCUCUUCUUGGACGAUUGACCAGUGAGAGAUUAGCAACUUCACCAUCGUCAAGGGACUCGAUUGUUUCAUAUUCAUGUGAAACUUUAUCUCCAAUCAGAGUACCAACAACACGAUCAGAUUAUGGUGAUUGUAUUGAUUCAGCUUCUAUUAAAUCUUGUCCAUUAUCAUUGACCAACAACACCAACAAUACCAACGCUCAAAGUGAUACCAAUCUUAAAUCAUCAUCAUUAUCAUCUUCCGCUUCUCAAUCAUCAUGUUCACCUUCAGUCAAAGAUUUAGCUUCCCGAUUCCAACAAUUGUCCACCACAAUUAAACCAACCUCAUCAACCUUAUCCACAUCUUCAUCUUUAUCUUCCGUAAAACCACAAUCAAUUUUAAACAAUAGCAUUUUGAAUAAUAAUAAUCCUGAUUACAACAAUUCAUCACAUCAACGAUCAGCAUCUUCUUCAAUCUUAUCAACAUCAUCAUCUAAAUUUUACAAAGUAGUUAAUAUCAAUGGAGAUAAAUCUUCCUGUUCAUUAACUCAGUCUCAGGCUAAUCAGUCAACCAUUUCACCAUCAACAGUUAACCCAUCACCAACAACGGUAAAUUCAAUUAACAAUGGUAAUGUUAAUUGUGCUUCUAAUAAUAAUUCAACUAGCCCAUCAUCACUUAGACAAGGUCUUCGUGUAGUAACUUUAUUGGGAUCAACGAUACGGAACAAUUUAGAAGCACCAUCAACAUCGCAAUCAACCAUUAAUCUUGGAAAUAAUAAAGACAAUUUAAUCGUUAAUGGUCAAAUAAAAUGUUCAUCUCCAACUCCAACAAUUAAUUCAACAACUGAUAUUAAUGGACCAGGUAGACCCAAUAGACCACCAGAUUAUCAAACAGCAAUUAAACGUCUCUCAUUAAUGAAAGAUUUAAAAAGACUUACAUCUUCACCUUCACCAUCAACAGUUAAUUGUAACAAUUCAACAGUUGAUCAUCAAAUCUCACCCUCGCCAGUCACAACUCUUAGUCAAUCCUCUAGUAAAAAUAAUCCACCGCUGAUACGACCAACUCCAAUCUCUUUAGUACCAAUGACUUCCGUUUGUCCCAACGGACGGAAAUCACUUUUAACAUCAUUAGAUAAUCAACAAAAAUCAAUCUCAGCUCCUUCUCCUUGCCCCUCAAUUAACAAUUCAAUCGAGAAUCAAUCUAAUAAUCAACAACAACAAGUCAUUAGUCCAAUUAAGGUUGACGAGAUUGCGAACCGACGGAAGGACAAUAAUAGUUCAACGCCCAAAAAGAGUGUCUCUUUUUCAGAUCAAGUCGUUCUCGUGGCUCCCGCUGAAGACGAUGAUGAAGAUUACCUGCCGAACCCACUUCUCCAAAGGGUCUUGGGAGGCAAUGGCGGUGGAAAAGCAAUGGCACAGCCGAGCCCUGCAUAAGCAUCACUCAUUUCCUCAUAAAUAGAAUCUGAUUUUAAUUAAGCCAAUUAACGGAUAUUUUCCGUUCGUAAAAUAAAGUUAACAAUUUAGCCCAAUUGUUGACAUAAAAAUUGUGAUUUUCUGUAAAAAGUUAAUUCCAGUGCCUAUCGAAUAUUUUUUUAUUCAAUCAAUAUCUUUUUCCAAAACAAUUUAAUUGUUUAUUUCAUAUUUAAUCCAAGUGUACAUACAAUCAUUACAAUUAUAUCAUCACAAUCAAUUCAUCUUAAUUUAUCAACACAAAUAA